AUAAUAUUUUGAGCGCGCAGAGCAGGAGUCAUUUGCCGCAGAAACUUGUCGGAGGGAACUCUUUUUGAAAUUUGUCACUUGUCUAACUCAUAUACCAUGAAGGCUUUGCCAAAAUCAGUUCCACUCGCUCUCUGCGUAGUAUUGAGUGCGUGUGCGAUUAUUGAAAUAGUCAUCGGAGCAGUGGCUUUUGGAACCAUGUACUCCCUAGAGAUUUUCGAGCCACUUGAGAAUCGGGCAGCAUUGAUAGUCUUGAUGACUUCUGGUGUCCUUACCCUUAUUUGCUCGGCCAUCGGCAUUGUAGGUUUCAUGAAGAACAGAAAGCUACUUCUUGUGUACAUUGCUGUGGCUUGUGCCAGCAUCAUUUUGCAAGUUGCAGGAUUCAGUGUCGCUUUCCAUUCCAACGUUAUUUCCGAAGCUGCUGGACUUCUCGUCAGACUAAGAGUUCUUUACGACUUCAAUGAGCCGACUGUGGUGCGUUUGUGGGACGAUAUGCAAAAGAGUCUUCAAUGUUGUGGAUUCGUUGACCCAUCGGAAUGGAACUCCUAUCCAGAUUCUUGCUGCUUGGAUGGAGAUUGCACAGCACAAACCGUAUUUUCAGACUCCUGUCUCACUGUUACGGAGUUCUACUUCUUUGAUUUGACCCAGGGAGUGGCUGGACUCUCCGCUGCAAUGACUAUCUUGCAGCUCAUCCUCGGUGGGAUUGCUGUUAUAGCGUCACGCCAAAAUUCCUCUUCUGUGUCUAAACCUGAUUCUAAUUGAAUGUAUAGGAAAAUUAUUAUAAUGUUCAAGUUUAAUAAAAGACUAUAGUUCACGCUUAAAA